GUUGACAUCACCCCUUUCUCACCCUUCAACAACGCAAAAAAGAAAACAAUACAAAUUUUUUAUAAAAAAAAAAGAUUUUAAAUUUUACCUUACACAUUGGUUGUAAAAUUUGAAAAAAAAAUUUAGUUUUUGAUUAAUUAAUUUAAAAUGUGAGCCAUGGUAUUGUUCCAUAUUGAUAAACAAUUGAUAAACGCAAUUAUUGGAGUGAAAUUAAAAUUGUGAUUUUUUAAUUUUUAAAAGAUUUCUCUAUCUAUAAAAGAGAGAAUAAUUAUUACGAUUCUUUAUUUUUAUUACGUAAAGAUAAAUAUUGUUUAAUAUUUAUAUUUUUAUUAUUUAUACAAUUUCAUUGGAAAGUUUAAGACUAUAUUAUAUAGACAUAUUUAAUAAUUAUGUCGUCGAUAAAAGCAUUUUUUUAAAUUGAAAAUAAAACCUGAAUAAACGGAAAAAAUGAGUAGUAUUAAAUUAGAGGUACAAUGGUCUCCGAUCCAUUCAAAUAAAUACAUUACAUGGGGAACAGAAAUAUUUUUAUAUGAAAUAUCACAAAUCAAAGAUACUGUCAGGCCAUCAUGUAUUAAAGUUUCCGAAACAACAACUGCCUAUUUACUUGCGACAAACACUAGUCAUCAUUAUGUCAAGUGCAUUGAUAUUUAUCCUCAACCUGAACCGGAUAUUUUACUUGCCGUUGGUCAAGCAAAUGGAAAAAUUGUACUGACAACAUUUGGUCCAACUGCUUUCGAUUCAUUGGGAAUUGUUGGCAAGGAAUUCGCUCCAAAACAUGCGAGGCAAUGUAAUGCAGUUGCUUGGAAUCCUGUCGAUCCAAAUUUAAUUGUUUCUGGAUUAGAUAAAUAUCGUACUGAUCAUUCAGUUCUUCUUUGGGAUGUUCAAAGAAGUCCAUCGAAUUCCGAUAGAGCUCAUCAUUAUGGAACAAGUCAAUCGGAUUCAAUACGUCCAGUUGCCGAGGCUGGUGUUUCAGAAACAACGCAUUCACUUUCUUGGUUUAAUAACGAACCAAAAUGUUUAGUUGUCGGUGUAAAUAAUAAACAAUUAAAAAUUAUUGAUUUUAGAGAUCCGGUGAAAAUAGUUAAUACAACACCGACUAAGGCUGUUUACAGUUUAGCUGUAAAUCCACAUAAUGAUUGUCAUUUGCUAUCGCAUGUCGAUAAUCAAAUUACCAUAUGGGACACUCGAUAUUUUGAAAAACCAGUCCUCACGUUACCCCAAAAUAGACAAGUGACAAAAGUUUUAUGGUGCCCAACGAGAAAUAAUUUAUUGGGUUCUUUGCAAAAAGAUUCAGGAUCAUUGUAUCUACACGAUAUACAACAAUGUGGACCUGGAGACGAUACGGAACCUGGUGUUUUGGAAAGAACGGUCGUACCACCCUGGACGAAUCCAACGAGUUUUUCUUGGCAUCCAAAACACACUAACAGACUCUUAGGCAUUUCACAACAAGGUCUGACUGAUUACACAGUUUGCGAAAGAAUUACAUUAAAUUGGUCGACACGUUCACAUCUUGUUUGGAAUCAUGCCACAAAGGCAUUUAAAUAUAUUUGCAGCAACGAUAAUAUUUAUAAAGCAAUUGAUGAUAUUUCCAUUUUAACAAAAACUCGCGCAAUGAACGAAUAUGGUUUAAUUCCGGAAUUAUCGCAAAAUGGAGAAUUGGCGGAAAAUGAGACGUUAAAAAAUCUUUGGCAAUGGUUGUAUUUAAGUCAAUCGUUAGUUGAAGAUGGAACAAUUCCAAGUCCGGACAAUAAACAUCCUGGAGUUAGAAUGGUUUUAAAUUUUGAUGUUCAAAAUGCAAGUAAUGGAUAUCUAAGAUCUGAGCCAGUUCAUCGUCUAUGGACAGAUAUUGGAUCAAAUCACACUGCAAAAAUGUAUAGAUCAACGGAACGUGAUAAAGCAUUACAAUUGUGUGGUUGGCGUUUUGAAAAAGACACAAAUGCACCGUACAGUAAUUUAUUUAUUGAAAGACUGGAAAAAGAAGGCGCUUAUCCUAGAGCAACGGCUAUUUCCGUUUUUAAUUUAUGUUUACGUCAAGCAAUUGAUAUAUUAAAUCGUGGCGCAAGUAAAAUGUCCUCGCCAACGAAUUUAAAUUUAAAUAUUGUUGCAAUGGCAUUGUCAGGAUUUUCCGAAGACAGAAAUAGUAUGUGGCGGGAACUUUGCUUAAAAUCCCGAUCUCAAUUAUCUGAUCCUUAUCUUAGAGCGACUUUUGCAUUUUUAACUGCCGAUAAUGAUUCUUAUGAAAAUGUACUUAAUGAAAAUGGAAUGGCUGUGGAAGAUCGAGUGGCAUUUGCUUUAAUGUUUUUGUCAGACAGUAAACUUUAUGAAUACUUAAAAAAAUUAACACAAAAAUUGACUGAUGAGGGAAAUUUGGCUGGUUUUUUGAUUACGGGCGCAAGUUUGGAAGGCAUUCAAUUACUAAAUAGAUAUUUAGAAUUGACUGGUGAUGUACAAAGUUGCAGUCUCAUAGGAAUUCGUGCUUUACCACCAAAAUUGUUACAAGAAAAUCAAGUACAAGUUUGGAUAGCAAGUUAUAGAAGUUUAUUAGACGCGUGGAAAAUGUGGAAUCAACGUGCGCAUUUUGAUAUCGCAAUGAGAGCAUCAACAAAUGAAAAACCACCGCAACAAGUUUAUAUUUCUUGUAAUUUUUGUGGAAAGAGUAUAUCUUCGUUUAUGCAAGGUCUUAGUCGCGCGAGAGGUCCUUUUGGUCGACUAGGAAGUACUUCGAAUAAAUUAAAGAUGUCCGCAUGUCCUGGAUGCAGAAAACCAUUACCAAGAUGUGCAAUUUGUUUAAUGCACAUGGGAACUGUCAGCGGUUUACAAAUGACAACAAAUGCAAGUAGAAAUGAAGAGGACAGUAAAUUAACGGAAUUUAAUAAUUGGUUCACAUGGUGUCAAACUUGUCGACACGGUGGACAUGCCAAUCAUAUAACGCAUUGGUUUGAACAACAUUCUGAAUGUCCAGUUACGUCUUGUACCUGUCGAUGUUUUUCUUUGGAUGCAUCCUGUAAAAUCGGAGUUGGAAUUUCCUAAUGUGUAUUUUUAAAAAACAAUUUGUACAGUAAUUUUUACAAUAAAAAAUUUUUAAAGAAAA